UGCCAGAGGAAGAACAAAAAAAGUUUGUAUGCAAAAAUUAAUACAAACAAUAUAUAGAUAGAUAUUUUAAGCAUAAAACCAGAAAAAAUUUCACAUAAAAAAUCCCAAUCAAUAAAAUGAGUAAAAAUAGUAAAUUUAAAAAUAAAUGCCGUACGUGUUUGAAUGGUUCUAAGGGAUUUCAACCGCUAACGAAAACGGUAAACGAAGAUAAAGAGGAAACUAAAUCUUAUGGUGAAUUGUUAAAGGAUAUAACACAUAUUGAUAUGAUGGAUGAAACUUUUAGCGAAAUGCCACAAACGAUCUGUGGAUGCUGCAUACGUAAAUUGAAAGCUGCCUACACUUUUGUACAACAAGCUCAUGAAGCCAAUGAUAAACUAUGGGCUAUGCUGAAUGAAACGGAUAAUGAUGACAAACCUAUAAAUUGCUUGCAGGAAGCUCAAAUAGAUAUACAAGAUUGCUUGGAGAUAAAAAUGGAGGAUGAGGAAGAGGCGGGAGAAAACAAGCAAGCACUAGCGAAAUUCGAAGUAGAAUUAAAAAAAGAAGAGCCUGAUGAUGGUAAUGGUGACGUGAACACGACUACAGGCAAAUCAAGUGCUAAUAAAAAGGAAAAUAAGGAAACAGCUCCUCCUAAAGACGUACUUGAAUCGAAAUCCCUGUCCGAGUGUGAAGACGACUAUGAUGAUGAUAAAUUUGAUACAGACUUUCCAAAGCCAGAUGGCGAAAUGUCGGACAGUGAUAGUGAAUCGGAUUCCUCCAAUGAUUCAGAGUGGGCCGAAGAAACUAAAACAAAAGACACCAGUGAUAAAUCGAAAACUCCAGUUAAAAAAACCAGAAAAGUAAAACAAACAAAUGUGGAUGAUGAUAUACCCACCACCUGCGAACAAUGUGAUAGAGUAUUUCCCAAUGCUAGUCAGCUGAAGCGUCACAAGCGUAUUACACACGUUCCCGAAGAGUUAAAAGUUCAAUGUCCAUAUUGUGCAGGCAAAUUUGGACGCCGCCACAAUAUGUACGCUCAUAUGAGAAUACAUCACAAGGACAAACCCAUAGAAGAGCACAUAAUACAGCAAAGAAAACUUCCGCGACAGUACGCAUGCGAAAAAUGUGAUGGCACAUACACUACCAAAUAUUAUUUGCUGGCUCACAUGAAAACCAAACACAAUCCGGAUGCAGAGAAAAAACCACAACGAGUAUUAUUACCCAAAAAACGUUUCCUUUGCACAUUGUGUGGUGGCAAAUUCGAUACACAGUAUUAUUUAGAAGUUCACAUUCGAAGACAUACCGGUGAAAAACCUUUCAAAUGUGAUAUCUGUGAUCGAGCUUUCUAUAGGCCUUCAGAUGUGCAAGCCCAUCGUCGUUCACAUACCGGAGAGAAACCAUUCAAAUGCACCAUAUGUGAGAAAGGAUUUGCAAGAUCGAAUAAGCUGAAAGUUCAUAUACGUACACAUUCCAAUGAGCGUCCCUAUAAGUGUACUGAAUGCGAGAAGGCCUUUAAACAAUCAAAAGAUUUGACUAUACACAGACGCAUACACACUGGCGAAAGACCGUAUGUAUGUGGUGUGUGCCACAGUACAUUUACCCAAAGUAAUUCUUUGAAAUUACAUCAAACCAAACAGCAACAUUUUGUAGUCGAUCAAGUAGUGCCCCCAGUUGAAAAUAAUUUCACACCAUUUGUAAAAUAGUUUUAAAGAAUAUAUGAUUUUUUUAAAAUAAUAAAUAAAUCAAAUUUAAAUCCGAACAAUAGAAAACAAA